CCGGAUGCAGCUGCUAGUACUGUCAGUCCGAGUUCUGCGGUAACCAGUGCCAGUCCUUCAGCAUAUCCUAUGUAAAAACGUACCCACACCAAAGUCAGGAUGGGGAUUUUGCAACACAAACCUAGGAGUUUUGUAAGUCACGCAUGACAAGUUGCGCUCUGCAGUGUAGUGCAGGUUAGCAAGUGCAGCCGCAUCACAGAUUCAUCUGCUCAUCCUGUUCACAGCAUCACAAAUUCCAAAACACGAUUGGAAAUGGCUCUCAUGGGGAUGCGCAUCACAAGUCUUCCUGUCUUUGCAAAUCUCCAUUACAACUCUGGCGUGGGUACGUUUUUACUCAGGAUACAGCAGCGAGCACCGUCAGCCCCGGUGUCGCCGCUUCCACAAGCGACAGCACCGCUUCCCCCAGCGCGAAGGUAGAAGAAAAUUCUUCUAGCAGUGACACGGACCAAGACAAAAAAGACGAACAACACGCCCCGGAAAAAGAAGAAGAAGAAGAAGUGCCGCAGACCAUAGGCCCCAAUGGGGUCGCCACCCCCGGAACCGUUUCGGCGCUAGCGAAGAGGAAAAAAGCGGAGCAGGAACUGGAGGCGAAAAAGGCGGAAUUAGCAGCGGCGAAGAAACUUCAAAAAUCCACUAUUACAACUUCCGAACAGGUAGAGAAAAACUCUCUUUCCUUCAAAAUCGAAGGCAAUCACGACGCGGAUGAAAAG